UGUCAUCUCAUUAUAUUCUUAUUAAUUUUGCAAAACAUUUUAUUCGAACAGCAUGGUUGUGCAAAAUGCAAAUUUAACCAAAUGCAACGAAACAACGAUCAAUACUAAGGAUAAACACUUUUCCUUAAAAAUUAUUCCUUUGAUAUAUAAUUGGCAACAACGGCAUGGAAUAAGACAUGGAGAUUAUCAAAAUUACAGACAUUUCUGCUCCAGAAAGAUUCAGAGAAUACGGAAAACUCUUCAUUAUCCUGUGAUCUCUAAGAACAAGGUUAUCAGUCGUUAUGUUGAUACUAAUUCUCUUAAGGAUAUUAGGCAUUUAUGGCUUCUUUUAUUAAAAUGUGAAAGAUGUUGGGCGUAUGCUACAGAAUUAAAACAGGAAUCCAACACAGAGCCAAGAAAAAAAUAUAGGACCAAAAAUCGUCUUAAAAAGUUAUGCUUAUAUGCCCUCCAGCUAAAAGAUUUAAUUGCUGAUAAUUCUCAUAUUCUUUCCUCCUCAAAAUCACAAACAGAUAAUGAUGCCAAGAGAAUUUGUGACACUAGAUCUAUUAUAGAAAGCCAAGCUUACUAUUACUGGGCUAUGGGCAAUUGGUAUUUUGAAUGUGGUGAAUGGGACAAAUGCCAAAUUCAUAUGAUGAAAUCCAAAUACAUAUAUGAUGAAUUGUGUUCCAUGCUACAGGAAUCAACCUCCAAAAUUUAUGGGAAAAAUAUAAUGAUUUGUUUUAAACAGAGAAAGGAUGAUAUCGAAACUGCUAUCAGAUUCUCCCAUUACAACUUAAGCAAAACCGAGGGAAAAAUGGAAACUAAUGCAGACUCGGAUAAUAUUGCCAAUGUUACAGUCGAUAAAGACAUGUUUGAAACUAAGAUCAAGGCAUUAAUUGGCUCGCUAAAAGAAGAAAUGAAGCAAAAUGGUGUUCAUAUCAAUAAUAUAUUAUCGACCGAACCCUCGCAAGCUAUCAUUCAUACGGAGAAUUGUGAAACCUUUCCCCAAUUCUUGAAACAGUGUUACGACCUGGAACAAGCACUUAUAAAAGAAAUAUUUCAUCACGAGCCCCAUUCCUUAAACACAAGAAAAUUAUCUUCCAUAAUGAUUCGCAAUGUAGAUGACGCUAUUAAACCCAGCAAAAAAACCGAUGGAGUUAUGACCGGUAGGAAAAGUAAAGAUUUUAAGAGCUUUAAAUGCUUAAACUACGGUGCACAAGAUAGCGUUUUAAUCAAGCGAGUACUGGCCAUAUAUGACAAAUUACUCUCCUUAUGCUCAUAUCAGCUAAAAAAAAUUAAAAUUUUGGAAAAGAUUGAAAGAGUUGAAAAUCAGCAGGAUAAUAAUUUUCAGGAGUUAAAGCGUUAUCAUUUACACCUAAGGAAUGGAUAUCUUUUGGGUAGACGGAUAUUUUUCUUUCACAAUGUGGCUUUCUUUUCCCAAUACCUUCCUGCCCUCAUCUUUUUUCGCGCUAAAACGAGGGGAAAACGCACGGCAUUUCUCUUCAGAAAAAGCUUUUGCCCAUACUUGGUUAGGUACUGUGAUUCAAUUUUACAGUGCUUGAGACGGGUUCUAGCCAACAUCGAGCCUUUACCAGAAGUUUUGAAGGGUCCCCGACUGGUACAAUGCCUGCAAUUCUACAUCCACUACUUUCAGACAUUUAAGUUUAAAAUGUUAGGAGACUAUUACAGUUAUAAGAAUAUGUGUUCAACAACUUCAAGCACUAAAUUGACUUCUAGCCUCAAAUCAGCCAAAAAGAAAUUCCAACCACAAAACUGCUUUAAAUCUAUAAGGAAAAGAAAUAAAUAUGGCUGGAACUCCAAACCAAAUACCCUCAUCAUCGCGGCUACUGAUAAAGCCGAUGAAUUCUAUAAGCUCUGCCAAAAUUUUGCCAUAAAAUGCGGGAAAGAUGAAACGCGAUUUUGGGAUAUAAGAAUGAGUGAAAUUUUGACCAACUAUAACAAGCUUUACGUGGGGGCUGGUGAUUUGCUUCUGCCCGGAUUUUCUAAUCACAUCAGUUGUGCCGACAUAAUCCCGAAGAUUUUAGACUUCGUAAGUCGUGACAUCGACCGCAAGAUAGAGAAUCUGAAGAUCAAAAAAGCUCUAAAAGUGACCUCUAUAAAUUUUCCACUUGAUAAAACUCGUGUCGUUACUCUCAAGAUUUCCAUCAUCAGCGGACAAAGAUUUAUUUAUCAAAAUGAACCGAUACUAACCUUAGUCGAAUACCUAUUAAUCUCGAAGUUGAAUGAUGCCAAUACAAAUCAGAUGGUCAGUAGUUGUUGCAUCCGUAUACCUCCACCUAUGAAACCUGUGCUCCCAUGUAAACCUGCGUUUUUCGAUGUAGCACGCGAUCAAAUACACGUUUUUAUGAACAAAUAUGUUAGUAACCUUGAGAAAACAGACAAUUCUUCCACUUCCGGUUCUUCUUUGAUUGGCGGCAUGGUCAAAAAAUUAUUUUGGAAAUAAAUAUUAUAUAACUGAUUUGUAAAUUUUUAUGUUAUUUCUCAAUAUAUUUUAAUUCAUAAUAUAUAUCUAUAUUAUAAUUUAUUGAAGAAUACAUAGAAUUAGAAUAUAGAUCGAGUUAUUAUAAUUUAAA